AUGGGUCUCAAGGCCUCUUUUUCUCUUCUCUUUCUCACCAUCUUACUCGGUGUAUCAUCCAUUGUAUCAGCGGUUAACAUAAACAGAGCACUCGAGAAACACCCUGAAUUCAGCACCAUGACGGAACUGUUCAACAAGACCAAGCUCACACCAAUUAUCAACAAACGUCAGACAGUCACCUUGUUGGCUCUAAGCAACGAUGCUAUCGGUUCCAUCUCUGGUCGACCCGAGGACGAGCUCAAGAACAUUCUAAUGAACCAUGUGGUUCUUGACUUCUACGAUGGGCUCAAGCUCAAGGCUAUUAAGGACAAGAGCACAAUGCUCACCACACUUUACCAAUCCACCGGUUUAGGACAACAACAAAACGGUUUCCUGAGGUGCAGCAAAACUAACGGAAAGAUUUACUUCGGGUCGGCUGUGAAAGGCGCUCCUCAAACUGCUGAGUACAUCACGACCGUGUUCCGUAACCCAUUCAAUCUCUCUAUAGUCCAGAUAAGCAUGCCCAUUGUGGCACCUGGACUCGGGGAUCCGGUUAAGGUUCCUCCACCGCCACCCAUGUCUUCAUCACCGGCUCCAUCUCCCAAAGAGGCUGCAGACACUCCAGCUCCUGGACCAGCUGAGGAAGAGGUUUACGCAGAUUCUCCUCCCGGUGCAGCUCCAGAAACAUCACCUGCAUCAUCUCCGGAAACCGCACCUGCAUCAGCUCCAUCAGAAGAUGGUUCUCCUGCUCCAGCUCCAGAAAAAUCCGGUAAGAAGAAGAUGUCAGCAGCUGAUGAGGUUGAACCACCUACGUCUGCUUCAAACACCGGUUUGAGCUUUGGUGCAAUCCUCGUUCUCAGUUUUGUGGUUAGCUUUGCUGGGUUCUAA